CUCUGGCAGCUGUUCAUCUGCAGCUCCUGUGGCUCAGAAGGCACGCACUGGUGCUGCUCCUUCUGGGCCAUCGGCAGAAAUGGCUGGGAGUGCGACACCUGCGCUGGCAGGGGCACCGCACCCCGCACCAACUCCGAGCAUGCCAGCCCCAGCACUUCCAGCCAGGAGGUACCGGUGCCUUCCCCCCAUCAGGCAGCGUCCAGCCCAUCCUGCAACUCCCAGCUGCCUGAGCUCAGCGUCCAGCCCAGAGUGCCGCAGGCUGAGCAGUCUGGCACCCGCUCACAUCUAUCUGAGGAGCGGGGCACAUCUCAGCAGCACCAAGGACGCGGUGGGAGAAGGCGGGCACCAGCUGCAGGCGCUGAGACCUCCUCCCAGAGCCCCACCAGACGGGGGACCACGCGGUCCUCCAGAACCUCCCAGGCACCUGCAGCCACAGAGCGUCCCAGGCAGCGGGAGACCGGCCGCACAAGAAGCCGCUCCCCGUUGCAAGGCCGGGCCUCGGGCUCCCAGAGUCGCCCCCGAAGACAACGCGGUGGGAGCCGUACGACAGCCCGAGGUGCUCAGACCAGCACCCGCACCUCGGCCAGACCAGCACCAUCAAGGUCCUCAAGGGCUUCCCCUCUGCCUGCACGCAGGAGACAAUCCAGGCAACGAGGGCGGGCCCGCACUCGAAGCCGAUCCCCAGUGGGGCGUCGCGCUUCGACUUCCCGCAGCCGGCCCCGACGAGGCCGUGGGAGCCGGUCCAGGCAGCGGGGACCAGCCCGGGCACGAAGCCGCUCCCGGGCAAACCAUCCCAGAAGACGGCCCCACAGCCAGUCCCGAAGACGGCGCUGAUGCAGCCGUGUCCCAUCCCCACGUGAUGGCUGUGGUCCCAAGCGGCAAAGAAAAUCAACCUUGCAGAGAGUCCACACAUACUGCCUUCAUCCUUCGGUGGACCAGCCCGGGCACAAAGCCGCUCCCGGGUCCAGCAACAGAGAAGACACCCCCACAACCAGUCCCAAAGACAGCGCCGAAACACCCAUGUCCCAUCCCCGCGUGACGGUUGUGAUUCCAUCUUUCAAAAAAAAAUACACCUUUAACAUCCUCCCCACAUGUUGGCUUCAUUCUUCUCUGCCUGUCCUGCGGUAGGCAGUGCUAGGAGCUGAGACCACGGGGUCGUCUUCUCCCCAGCACCUUCCCAGAUGGUUGUUGUGGAGUUAUCUUUAGAUCUACCUGUGUCCAUGAAGGGGCACAGCAUGCCCACAGCCCCAACGGCCUGGAAAAAAAGGGGUGGGGACAAAGGGGUGUCAACGUUUUACAGGCCAGUCCAGCCCCUUUCCGUGACUAAUGGGAAAGGGGGACCCACAGAUCCACGUCCUCCCGGGAAAGA